AUGACGACAAUUUAAGAGCUCGUUACUGCAAUAUUUAAUUUAGUAAUAAUCCAAUAAAACUUGUGAGAUUGUUAGUGAUGAUGACCUCUAGACAAGAAAUAGAUACUAUAAAUCAAGUAGUUUAAUUGAACAAUUAAGAAUAAUAAUUGAAAUAGUAACUCAAUUUUAACAUUAAAAAUCAUUCUAAGAUUAUCAAGCUCUUGAAAAACAACUUCAAAAAUUUGAAUUUGAAGUAAGGAAUCAGAUUAGGGUAUUUUAAUUACUUUCUAUUAAAGGAUGAGUAUCUAAUGCAGUAGAAUUAAGAAGAUUUAAUAUCUAGACUAGAAGAAAUGGAAAAAGAAAAAAAUGAACUGUUUAGCAAUACCAAAUUAACAAUUAUUGUAAUAUAUAUAUUUAUAUUCAGAAAUUAAAAAGAGAAAAUGAAGAAUUGUAUUAAAAAGUUAAAUAAUUAACUUAUGAAAAUUAAUAACACAAAAAUCUGAAUGAAAAAUUUGUUCCUCAUUUAGAAAAAUGGAAAAUGAAUGAUCAUCUAACACAAGAAUCUACAAAAAUUAGUUAGAGUAAAUAUUCAACAAUAGAAAACCAUAAUUAAAAGAUAAUCAAAUUAAAAACGAAUAGUUCUCCUAAAAAAUUACAUACUGAAACAUCUGUCGAUAUUUCUCUCAUUGCAGCUGUUAAUUAAAAGAGAUUAAGUUAGUAAUUGAUUAAACCAAACUAUUUUUAAAAAAAGGGAACACUAACAUAACAUUAAUAUAUAAAAAAUAAAAGGAAAUCAUGUGCAUUAGCAAAUUAAUAGUUGUAUAUAUUUUUAUCCUAUAAUAAUAGAAAUUUUUUAACAGCAAGCAUGUGA